UGUGAUGUAUGUGGUGACAAGGCCGCAGGGUUUUAUUGUGGAGCAUUUGUUUGUGAAGCCUGUAAGAAAUUUUUUAUAAGGGCAGCUAAGCAGGGGGAAGUGAAAUAUAAAUGUUUAAGAGAUGGGAAUUGUACUAUAACAAAAGUGAAUAGAAUACAAUGUCAAUUCUGUAGAUAUCAAAAAUGUGUUGCGUUAAAUAUGUUUUGUAAUGAUAAUCAAAAUAAAGAGAAAGUAAAUUCCAGUAUAGCUUGUCAAGUUUGCGGAGCACAGUCAUCUGGUUUCCAUUUUGGAGCCUUAACAUGUGAAGGAUGUAAGGGAUUUUUUCGUAGAAUGGCAAAAGAAAGAAGUUCUAAUAGUUACAUUUGUUCCAAAGGAAAUAUGUGUUUAGUUAGUAUUUCUACAAGAAAUAGUUGUAAAGCUUGCAGAUAUCAGAAAUGUAUCUUAGUAGGGAUG